AGCAAAUUCCGCCUAUUUCGAGACUGCUUUUUCUGAAAACGAAGGUGUCAGUAGUGAAGAUUCAGCAAGACCAGGGUAAUCCGUAGUCAAUUUUCUCCAUUAAAACCCAAACUGUUGAACGUCGGCAGAAGAUCAUACAGAUAGGGAUUAAUUGGUGGAUGUCGUUUCUCCUUUGAAGUGAAGCUAUAACAACUGAAGUUUCUGAAAUCUGCUGCCAUAUCACAUACGCAAUCUAUAGUGUCCGAAGACGUAAUUAGAAACUGAACGAUUAAUACACCAAUUGUGUAUCUUGCGCUUCAUGUGCUUCAAAGUGCUCGCCAUUUAUGUACAACUUGGACUGGAGAUUUGUAAAGGAACUGACUGCUGGUCAAAACUCAAAAGGGUGGACUACUGAGGUAUCACUAUCAGUUGUAUUGUCUCUUGAAGAAAUUGAAUUCACUGUAAUGUGUUUGGUGGGUAAAAUACAUCAUAAAAGCCACAUCAGAAGGCAUUCUUCUUUCUAUUUCUGAGCUCAAUGACUAGAGAAAGGAGCAUGGGAAAGCAGGAGAAGGACUCAAAUAAUGUUGAAACAGUCGUUGUUGCUGUUAAAGCAUCCAGGGAAAUUCCAAAAUCAGCUUUGGUUUGGGCUUUAACUCAUGUGGUUCAACCAGGGCAUUGCAUUACAUUGCUUGUUGUCAUACCUUCUGGUAAAAGAUUAUGGGGUCUUCCAAGAUUUACUGGAGAUUGUGCUAGUCGCCAUUGGAGGUCAUAUUUAGGAAAAAGUGAUAUAGCAGAUUCCUGCUCCCAAAUGAUUCUUCAACUACAUAACAUGUAUGAUCCUAAUAAGAUAAAUGUGAAGAUAAAAACAGUUUCUGGAUUGCCCUAUGGAGCAGUGGCUCUAGAGGCCAAACAAAUUCAAGCUACUUGGGUCGUAUUAGAUAAAAAAUUGAAACAUGAACAAAAGCGAUGUAUGGAAGAGUUGCAAUGCAACAUUGUGACAAUCAAGAAAUCACGCCCAAAAAUUAUUCGCCUCAAUUUAAUUGGAUCACCCAAGAAUGCACCUCAAGCAAACCAUAUGACAAAUCAAUCAUCUAAAAACCUACAAAAAGACAAAAAUUAUUCGCCUCAAUUUAGUCCCGAGGCAUUAUCUUUAACCGAACCCGGGACUUCAAUUUCAAGUUCUGAUCCAGGAACUUCACCAUUUUUCAUCCCUAUAAAAGAAAAUCACGAACUCGCUGAGUCGAGUUCAGACUCAGAGAGUGAGAAUCUGUCUUCAUCUUUCUCUAGAAGGUUUCAACCAUGGAUGGUUGACAUCCUCACUUCAACCUCCCAAUUCUCUCAAACUUCCAAAAGUGAAUAUUCUGAAACAGAAUUUAGAGGUAAUGUUAGAGAUGCAAUAUCUUUAUCAAGAAGCACCCCUUCUUUCCCACCUCCAUUGUGUUCAAUAUGUCAACAUAAGGCGCCUAUUUUUGGAAAGCCUCCAAGGUGGUUUACUUAUGAGGAACUUGAGGUUGCUACUGGAGGAUUUUCUGUGAAUAAUUUUUUGGCUGAAGGAGGAUUUGGAUCUGUGCAUAAAGGGUUGCUUCCAGAUGGACAAGCGGUUGCUGUUAAACAACAUAAACUUGCAAGUUCUCAAGGGGAUCAAGAAUUUUGUUCUGAAGUUGAAGUUUUAAGCUGUGCUCAACAUCGAAAUGUUGUUAUGUUGAUUGGAUUCUGUAUGGAGGAUCGAAGGAGGUUGCUGGUUUAUGAAUAUGUAUGCAAUGGCUCCCUGGAUUCUCAUCUUUAUGGACGUGAUCGAGAUCCAUUAGAAUGGUCAGCACGCCAAAAAAUAGCUCUGGGAGCUGCUAGAGGAUUGCGGUAUCUUCAUGAAGAAUGCAGAGUAGGUUGCAUUGUUCAUAGAGACAUGCGUCCAAACAACAUCCUCAUCACCCAUGAUUUUGAACCUCUGGUUGGAGAUUUUGGGCUAGCAAGAUGGCAGCCUGAUGGAGACACAGAAGAAGAAACAAAAGUCAUUGGAACAUUUGGAUACCUAGCCCCAGAAUAUGCACAGAGUGGCCAGAUCACCGAAAAAGCUGAUGUGUAUUCGUUUGGGGUUGUAUUAGUGGAGCUUAUUACAGGAAGAAAAGCAGUGGACCUUAAACGUCCUAAAGGCCAACAAUGUCUAGCAGAGUGGGCACGUCCAUUGUUGGAACAAGAUGCCAUAAAUGACUUAAUUGACCCUCGGCUGAGGAACUGUUAUUAUUCAGAACAUGAGGUUUAUUGCAUGAUGCAAGCUGCUUCUUUAUGCAUUAAACGGGAUCCACAUUUACGACCUCGCAUGUCACAGGUGUUACGCAUGUUGGAGGGGGACAUGAUGAAGGGAUCGGGUCAUGUGUAUGAUGUGGGGAACCGAAGUGGUAGGAUUCAGAUUGAUCAACAAAGAUAUAAUGUUGGUCGAAUGAAUGACACAUUGAAAGGAUAUGGUGGAAAGUUUUUGGUUAAUCCAAAUAGGGAUUGUUAUUGGGAAAAUGAUAAAUCUAAAACAAGGGUUUGAUGCAAAG